AUGUCGUGGAUCUGUGGUCAGAGGGUGGACAGGACCGAGGUGAUCCGCAGCUGCAUCAACCCCACCUUCUCCAAGGUGUUCACGCUGGACUUUUACUUUGAAGAGGUGCAGCGUCUUCGCUUCGAGCUGUACGACAUCAGCAGCAGCCACAACGGCCUGAAGGAGGCCGACUUCCUGGGAUCAGUGGAGUGCACGCUGGGCCAGAUUGUGUCUCAGAGGAAACUGUCCAAAGCUCUGCUCAGACCAGGAGGCACCGUGGGCAAAGCCAUUAUCACGAUCACAGCUGAGGAGCUAACAGGGAACGAUGACUACAUUGAGCUGUCCUUCAGCGCCAGGAAACUCGAUGACAAGGACUUCUUCAGUAAAUCAGACCCGUUCCUGGAGAUCUACAGGUUAAAUGACGACGCCACACUGCAGCUUGUCCACAGAACAGAGACUGUUAUGAAUAAUCUGAAUCCGGUCUGGAAAACCUUCAAGGUUUCUCUCAACUCGCUGUGCAGCGGAGACCAGGAGCGCAAACUGCAGUGCAUGGUGUGGGACUGGGACUCAAACGGGAAACACGACUACAUCGGGGAAUUCGAGGCCACGUUCAAGGAGAUGAGAGGAGCGAUGGACGGACGACAGGUCCAGUGGCCGUGCAUAAACCCCAAGUACAAGGUGAAGAAGAAGAAUUACAAGAACUCCGGGAUCGUUAUUCUCAACCAGUGCAAGAUCAUUAAGAUGCAUUCCUUCCUGGAUUAUAUCAUGGGAGGCUGUCAGAUCCAGUUUACAGUAGCCAUCGACUUCACCGCCUCCAACGGAGACCCUCGCAACAGCUGCUCGCUGCACUACAUCCACCCCUACCAGCCCAACGAGUACCUGAAGGCGCUGGUGGCUGUGGGAGAGAUCUGCCAGGACUACGACAGCGACAAAAUGUUCCCGGCGUUCGGCUUCGGAGCUCGGAUCCCCCCCGACUUCAAGGUCUCCCACGACUUCGCUGUGAAUUUUAACGAGGACAACCCGGAGUGUGCAGGGAUCCAGGGCGUGGUCGAGGCCUACCAGACCUGCCUGCCCAAGCUGCAGCUCUACGGGCCCACCAACAUCGCCCCCAUCAUCCAGAAGGUGGCCAGCUCCGCCUCGCAGGAGCUGCACACCAAGGAGGCCAUGCAAUACUUCAUCCUGCUGAUCCUGACGGACGGCGUCAUCACCGACAUGGCCGACACCAGGGAGGCCAUCGUCCAGGCCUCCCACCUGCCCAUGUCCGUCAUCAUCGUCGGCAUCGGGAACGCCGACUUCAGCGACAUGCAGAUGCUGGACGGCGAUGACGGCAUCCUGCGCUCGCCCAAGGGAGAGCCCGUCCUGCGGGACAUCGUCCAGUUCGUCCCGUUCCGCAACUUCAAACACGCGUCUCCGGCGGCUCUGGCCAAGACCGUCCUAGCAGAAGUGCCCAACCAGGUGGUCGACUACUACAACAGCAAGGGCAUCAAGCCCAAAGUGCCCAGCGAGUACCAGUCUUCCAGGCCGUUUGGCCCCUGAGCGCCGCCGCCGGGCCGCACGCUCCCCACGGACUCCUCCGACAUGUUUACCGUCUUUUGUUCCACUUCGUUUAUCCGGAUGUGAACGGUGCGAGGUGUAGCAUUUUUACAUCGAUAAAUCAUCCGCACAUUAAUGCGGCGCUGCAAUAACCGCCGUAAACAGCCGAGAGCCUUUCAGCCCGUCAGCCGCGGCCGCGCUGCGUUUCUCAUCACCGGCCACUAGGGGGGGUUUGUCAGGAAUCUGCUCUGUUGCUUUACGGCACAAAACAGGAAGAGGGCGCUGUUCUUCCAGCGGCAAACAGACCUAAAGCUUCCGGCAGCUUCUGAAAGGGACAGGAACGGGGCUGAUGGGAAAUGUAGUCUCAAUGUGGAGAAACAGGAGCGCCAACCAAACCCACUGCAGGAGCGCGAGGCCGACGGGUGUUUCCAUGGAAAUCUCUUUUGUUUACGGUGAUUAUUGCGAGGCGCCGUGUUUGAAAAAUGCUACACGCGGCACCUUUGACCUCCGGCGUGCAUGCGGGCCGGAGGCCUGACAGACUGUAGCAUCCCGAGCGUCUUCACCGACGUCACAACCACACAAACAGGAAGUGAGCGGCGACCCGGCGCCGCCUCCCUGCGGAGCAGCAUGAC